GAGCCCGUUCCCCCGGCAGCCGGCGCGGCGCGCAGUAAGCCGAUUCCUCCCGCCGCCAGUGCUCGCUCCCGACCAUGCGCUAGGCUGCGGGCCCCGGCCACCCGUGGCGGCAUGGCCCGGCCUGUGCAGCUGGCGCCGGGCUCGCUGGCGCUGGUGCUGUGCAGGCUGGAGGCGGAGGAGGCGACGGCGGCGGCGGGCACAGAGGAGCCUGGCGGGCGCGCGAUCUUCCGCGCGUUCCGCCGCGCCAACGCGCGCUGCUUCUGGAACUCGCGGCUGGCGCGCGCCGCCUCGCGGCUGGCCUUCCAGGGCUGGCUGCGGCGCGGGGUGCUGCUGGUGCACGCGCCUCCCGCUAGCCUGCAGGUGCUGCGCGACGCCUGGUGCCGCCGGGCGCUGCGCCCCCCGCGCGGCUUCCGCAUCCGGGCGGUGGGUGAUGUCUUUCCAGUGCAAAUGAAUCCAAUAGCUCAAUCUCAGUUUAUACCUUUGGCUGAAGUUCUUUGCUGUGCUAUAUCUGAUAUGAAUGUUGCUCAGAUUGUGGUGACACAGGAAUCACUAUUGGAGCAUUUGAUGAAACAUUACCCAGGCAUCGCAGUUCCACCUCAAGAUAUUCUCUAUACCACUCUGGGAACUCUGAUUAAAGAAAGGAAAAUUUAUCACACUGGAGAAGGAUACUUCAUAGUCACUCCUCAGACUUACUUCAUUACGAAUAUAACGCCCCAUGAAAAUAAGAGAGACCUAUCGGAUGAAAGCUGCCAGAUGCCAACUUGCGUUACUUAUCUGGUGAGCAUGGAGAGCUGUGCAGAGUUGGCCCAAGAAAAGGCUGCCCCCAUUUCUCACUGUCAGUCUUGCCGGUGUUUCCCUGAUCUGUGCACUCAGGAUGUACAGGAAACACCAGCUGCUGCAGAAGUGACUAGAAAAAGCCAGAAAGGUCUGCAGGAAUCCAAAUCUUUGGGACAGAAUCAAGCAGUUUCCCCGUCUGAGGGGAAUCACGUCUGUGAAAGCACCAAACCUUUACCAUACACAAAAGACAGAGAAAAAGGCAGGAAGUUUGGCUUUAGCCUCUUUUGGCGUAGUAUAUCCAGAAAGGAGAAGUCCAGAAUAGAGCACAGUAGUUUCUCUGCCCAGUUUCCACCAGAAGAAUGGCCUGUUCGAGAUGAAGAUAACUUGGACAAUAUCCCUCGAGACAUUGAACAUGAGAUCAUCAAACGAAUUAAUCCCAUUCUGACUGUUGACAAUUUAAUCAAACAUACCGUCCUAAUGCAAAAAUACGAAGAACAGAAAAAAUACAAUAGCCAGGGCACUUCCACUGAUCUGCUGACAGUCAGGCAUAAAUAUCCCUCAAAAGAGGGAGUUAAGAAAAGACGGGGCCGGUCUGCAAGGCCUCGAAGGCGGGGCCAUUCUCAUAGGGAAAGACACAAAGCCAGGAGUCAGGGAAGUGAGCCUCGUCCAGGAAGCCUUAGACUGGAGAAACAUCCCAAGUCCCCUGCUGCACAGCCCACCUCCAGAAUUCAAAGCCCAAAUGAAGCAUUAGUUCAGAAACCACUUGAUGAGAAUCCAUCAAUGCUAGGUUCCCAUUUGCUUUACAAGAAGCGAAUUAGUAAUCCUUUCCAGGGUUUGUCUUACCGAGGGAACCCAACAACCAAAGGGCACAACAUCCAGACCAGUGAUCUGAAACCGGGUCAGAUUGGACCAAAGGGAAAGCCUUUCCAGAGGUCAAGGUCUUUGGAUUCCUCAAGAAUCUUUGAGAGUAAAGGCAAACAGCCACGUGCUGAACAGUAUGAAGAUAAACUGACAGCAGAAUCCAUUUCUAUGAAUAACUCUACCGUCAAGCCUAUCAGUGAUGACUUUAGAGAUCCCCUCUUAAAUCACUCUCAAGGUAGUGUUUUGCAAAAUGGUAGUAAAUGUUUUUCCUUUAAGGAAAGCCUGAGGAGACACGAUGUGUAUGGUGGAAAAAAUGAGGUAAUCCCUGAAGUCUUGAGGAAAAGUUAUUCUCACUUUGACGCAUUAGGGGACGCAAAAGAAACACAGUAUGUGCUGCCAUCACAAGGUUCCUCCUCUCUAGGCCAUGCUUCCUCUGCGUGUAGACUAGUUGAUAAAACAAUACACCAGUUCCAAAAUCUUGGUAUUUUGGAUUACCCAGUUAGUAUGAACUGUUUGAGACAACCCGAGAGACAAGAGGGAGACUCAGAAGAAACACGAGUAAGAAAGGCAUUUGUCCAGGAAACAAAGACUGUGAGUCCAGAAAACGAAGGGCUUUCUGAGGAUAACCAGGCCUUGUAUCAGAAGGAAGUGGAAGAUGAUGAUGGAGCCUGUAGUUCAUUAUAUCUAGAUGAGGAGGACUUUUCUGAGAAUGAUGACUUAUGUCAAAUGCUGCCUGGCCGCAUUCAGUAUUCCUUUACAGGAGGAAGCAAGUGGAAUCAUUUAGGAAAACAAAAGGGGACUGAAAGAUUUCUGACUGAGUACAACCGCAGAAUACACAGGUCUGAGCCUCAGGUGCUUAAAGGAAAUGAGUGUUACAAACCCACUGGGUUGUUCACUAACCCAGGUGAAAGCCAAACCCCUAAACUCUCUGCUGAAAGCUGUGGCCUCAAUUCAGGGACUCGGUCCACUUUUAACUAUGAAGACGGACCCAGUGUUGCUACAUGUGUGCAAGCCUCAGCAGAUACUGAUGGAAGUGUAUUUGAUUACUAUAGCACAAGGAAAGCCACUUCUGAGACUGAAACCCUACAAGACUUGGUUGGUGACAUAGGAAAGAAACCAGCUAGCUGGAGUCAGGGUGCUCAGAAUCAGGAAGUGAGAAAACAGUUCGUGCAAAAGUUAGAACUUUUCAGCCCUUCACAUAUGCCAGUGUUGGCUCAGGAUGUCCAACAGGAACACAGUCAUCUGGAAGGAACAGAAAAUCACAGCAUGGCGGGAGACAGUGGAAUAGAUUCUCCACGGACACAGAGUCUGGCAUCUAAUAAUUCAGUCAUUUUGGAUGGACUAAAAAGAAGACAGAAUUUUCUGCAGAACAUUGAAGGCACAAAGAGCGGUCAAACACUCACAUCCAAUUCCUUACUACAACUAACUCCAGUCAUAAAUGUUUAAUUCUUAUUUUUCUUUUGGAAACUCUUUGGUAAAAAGGUACAGCAUUAAUAUAGAAUAUUUUAAUCAAC